GGGAGCCCACACAGUCGUGGCUGGGCCACUUGGCAGACGACACCUACAUCCACUCCGGGACAGAGUGAAGUAAAGCAGCAGCAUCAUGGCCAUCGAGAUGCGGCGUCGGAUCCUGUUCCAUGGUCUCUUCCUGCUCAUCCUGGUGAUCGGUGGGGUACGAGCCAAUGUUAUACUUUGCGGCGAGGAGUUAACCGACACCCUAAACAGGAUUUGUCACUAUGGCUACAGGAGAAAUUUGGGUCUCAAUUCCAUCCCAGACAGAUCCCACGAACUUAGCUUUGAGGAGCGUUCGCUCCUGGAUCGAGUACGUUUUGGAAGUGGCGUCCUGAGCCUAAAUGAAGCCUGUUGCGACAAGUCCUGUGCGAUGGAGGAGCUGAUGCAAUACUGUGUGGAUAAGCCCGUUCCAUGAACCCCGCUUCCCUCGCCAAAAACUGCUGAAAAGAUCUGACUAGAGUCUCCCUUAGGCCUUAAUUCGCCGGCAAAGCCCAGUCAAUAUCCUUCGGAUAUGAUGUAAAUGCACGCACAUUGAAUGGGCGAUGUAUGCGCAUAAUUUAUGAUCGGAAAUCAGAGACAGACACGCGAAAUGAAUCGGAAAACGGGGCGAUAUAUGCAUGUAUAUAGAGUAUAAUGUAUGUUUGGACAGGGCCUGAAUACAUCGACUGGGUAUAAAUUAAUAAAUAAAUUAUGUAUUCAAACUGCUGCGGAUUGGGCAACUUGAUUGGUAAUUAAACGGGUAUUACAUUGAUUUUUCAUUGUCGUUGAUUGCAGUUAAUUAUUUAUUGACCCAAUGUCCGGGAAUUCUGUAUUGUAAACUAACUUUGGGGUUGGCGGAAAUAAAGAGUUUCGAACGA